GGACGCGAGGCCAACUGCAGGGCCGAUCGUUGACUCGCACGAGAGCUGCAGCCGCCAUCAUCGAACGGACGAACUCCCCAGGCCAGUGUGUACUGCCAAACCUUGGCCGUGCAGCUGGUCUCCGAGUAGGUACAUGCAUGCUUUCUAGCGCCCCACUUAUGCAGCGCCAGCAUUUGUGCCAUCUCUCGAGUGACAGUGCCCCCUUGCCCACGAGUUCCUCCAAGAGUGAUGCUGCCAUCCCGCGAGUCUUGCCACUGAAUGAGAUCGAAGGAAGCAAUCGGGUAAAGUACGCUGCUUAUUAUCUUGAUGGUGAGGCCAAUGUUUGGUGGCAAUGGCUCACAAGGAUCUACCGCAAGCGACAACAAUUUAUUACGUGGGAUGUCUUUGAAAGAGAAUUGCUCACACGCUUUGGCACGUCCGAUUACCGCAAUUAUAAUGAGGCUCUCGCACGAAUACGCCAGACAGGUAAUUUGCGUGAAUACAUUAAGGAGUUCGAACGUCUAGCCUGUCGCGUGCGAGAUUGGCCCGAGGAAGCAUUGGUGGGAACCUUCAUAGGCGGACUAAAGUUUGAUCUAGCCGCUGAAGUUCGACUCGAGCGGCCAGACACGAUGCACGCGGCCAUGAAGGUUGCUCGACGCCGAGACGACCACCUCACCGCCACACGAAAGGGACGGACGGACGCACGCUACCUCGAAACACAACGCGCACAACCGAAUGAAAGCAAUAUGGUUCCGAGCGGCCGACCACCUGAUAGCACUCGAUCGACCAAUAGCACGCAACCGCCGGGAUCAGAAGUCAAGCACUUGACGCCCGAGGAAAUAAAGCGCCGACGUGAGAAGGGACUCUGUUUCAAGUGCGACGAGAAAUUUACGCCUGGCCAUCAUUGCAAGCAGGCUUUUGUCAUCCACGUUAUAGAUCCGAACGAGGAAGAGCCCGAGAUCGAGAAGGAUUGGGAGCAAGAAGUCGAGAUUGGGGGUUCCCGAAGAGGAGGCAGAGAUCUCGAUGCAUGCGAUGGCUGGUACAAGAGGACCGAUGACGAUGCGGCUACCGGCAUUGGUCAAGGACC